ACUGCUAGGAUGUGCGGCCACCACUCCUUCGCCGCCGCCGCCGCCGCCGCCGCCGCCGCCGCCGCCGCGUCGAGUGCAAGGGCUUCUGGGAGCCGAGCCUCGGGGUCUCGGAGAAGGGGCGCAGGUGGCCGCCAUCUUGGAUUGCAAACUGGGUCGCUAGGCUUCACGCCAGGGGCGGAGUGGCGGCCCUUCUGUUACCCGCCACACACGUCGCCGCUGGGGACUGGGAAAUCAGGGCAUCGGAGAGUGCCACAUUAAUGGGGCGACAGCGGUCGCGGGGGCGUGGCAGCCGGACCUUUCUCUUGCGGACGCGAAGGCGUGAUGCCAUGGCUAGUCCAGGGAAAGAUAACUAUAGAAUGAAAAGUUACAAGAAUAAAGCCCUAAAUCCUCAAGAGAUGCGUAGACGAAGAGAAGAAGAGGGAAUACAGCUUAGAAAACAAAAAAGGGAAGAACAGUUGUUCAAACGCAGAAAUGUCUCUUUGCCCAGAAAUGAUGAAUCUAUGCUUGAAAGUCCUAUACAGGAUCCAGAUAUUAGUUCCACUGUACCCAUUCCAGAGGAAGAAGUUGUUACUACAGAUAUGGUUCAGAUGAUUUUUUCUAAUAAUGCUGAUCAACAGCUAACAGCAACACAGAAAUUUAGAAAGCUGCUUUCUAAAGAACCUAAUCCACCAAUAGAUCAAGUUAUACAGAAACCAGGAGUUGUACAGAGAUUUGUGAAAUUUCUUGAAAGAAAUGAAAAUUGCACUUUACAAUUUGAAGCUGCAUGGGCAUUAACUAAUAUAGCAUCUGGAACUUUUCUGCAUACCAAGGUAGUGAUUGAAACUGGGGCUGUUCCAAUUUUUAUCAAACUUCUUAAUUCUGAACAUGAAGAUGUUCAAGAGCAGGCUGUUUGGGCACUUGGCAAUAUUGCUGGUGACAAUGCAGAAUGCAGAGAUUUUGUUUUGAAUUGUGAAAUACUUCCACCUCUUUUAGAGUUAUUAACAAAUUCAAACAGACUCACAACAACAAGAAAUGCUGUGUGGGCCCUCUCAAAUUUAUGUAGAGGCAAAAACCCUCCUCCAAACUUUAGUAAGGUUUCACCUUGCUUAAAUGUCCUGUCACGACUGUUGUUUAGCAGUGACCCAGAUGUGUUAGCAGACGUGUGUUGGGCCCUUUCUUAUCUCUCUGAUGGACCCAAUGAUAAAAUACAAGCAGUCAUUGAUUCUGGAGUCUGUCGAAGAUUGGUGGAACUUUUGAUGCACAAUGAUUAUAAAGUUGUAUCACCUGCAUUAAGGGCAGUUGGUAAUAUUGUGACUGGUGAUGAUAUUCAAACACAGGUAAUUUUGAAUUGUUCUGCAUUACCCUGUCUCUUACAUUUAUUGAGUAGCCCAAAGGAGUCAAUUAGAAAAGAAGCCUGCUGGACUGUUUCUAACAUCACUGCUGGAAAUAGAGCUCAGAUUCAGGCUGUUAUAGAUGCAAAUAUUUUUCCUGUUUUGAUUGAGAUUCUUCAGAAAGCAGAGUUUCGUACCAGAAAAGAAGCAGCUUGGGCUAUAACUAAUGCGACAUCAGGAGGUACUCCAGAGCAAAUAAGGUAUUUGGUAGCCUUAGGCUGCAUUAAACCACUUUGUGAUCUUUUGACUGUUAUGGACUCCAAAAUAGUCCAAGUGGCUUUAAAUGGACUUGAAAAUAUUUUACGUCUUGGAGAACAAGAAUCUAAGCAGAAUGGAAUCGGCGUUAAUCCAUACUGUGCUCUCAUUGAAGAAGCAUAUGGUCUGGAUAAAAUUGAGUUUUUGCAAAGCCAUGAAAAUCAGGAAAUUUACCAGAAGGCAUUUGAUCUGAUUGAACAUUACUUUGGUGUAGAAGAAGAUGACCCCAGCAUUGUACCUCAGGUGGAUGAAAACCAACAACAGUUUAUAUUUCAGCAGCAGGAAGCACCAAUGGAUGGAUUUCAACUUUAACAUACUGGAGGAAGAAAAAUCUAUGGCUAAAAAGGGUAGCUUCAGGUAACUCCUCUUUGUUGCCAGCGUCAGUAAGAAUGUUUCUUUUUUUACAUAGAACAGAAAAGAGAAUUUGGUGCACUUUUAGAAAGCAAAAUGAAACAAAAAUUUCCAUUCAGAUGCAAUCUUUCAUUGUAGUUUGUUGUUGUUUUAGUUUUGUUGUUGUUGUGCCUGUAUUUAUAUCUUCUAUUGUUUGAAUUUUUGUAUCUAUUUGUGAAUAAUUGAAUAUGCAAUUAUUUAGUAAUUUAAGCUUGAAAAGGAGAACUUUGGUGAAGUAUUACUUAGUGAUUCUGAAUUUUUUCAAGCAUUCUUGGAAACUGCACAUUAGCAGUAAACCUAUUGAUAAUUGCAUUUUGGCAGUAAGUCUUACAUACCCAAUCUCUACUAAAUCUACCUCUAUCUUGAAGCAGAAAUAAAAACAGAAAAGCUUCAGAAGCAUGAAAUAAUGCAAAUGCUAAAUUAGAAUGUGAAAGUAUUUAUUACCUUAAAUUAUAUAUAUCACUGUGCUGUAGGUUAUACUUUGCAAAAAAUUGCAACAGAAUACCUAUAAAAUUUAUUUAUAAAACAGAAGAAAUAUUGUACUGAUAAUCCAUUCAAAUGUGGCAAUUGUGAAGAGAGAAGCUGUUCUUCAUGUUGAACACAUAAAAAGAUUACAAAACAUUUAAAUAUUUCUGUUUUUAACAUAUAAGUGCUACGUAUAUUAGUAUAUUUUGUAUUUCAACCAAAUAUGCUACCAUUUUUGAAACAGUGUUUGUUUUUCACUCAUUGUUUUAAAGAUCAUCAUGAAAGAGAUGUCAUCAUGAAUCUAAAGUAGUGCUGCGUAUCUAAAAUAAUAACUAAUUAUUUCUCUGAUUUUUCAGAGCAGUAAUUGAAAAGUUUCAUUUUCUAUAUAAUAGUAAGUUUAGGUACUUGAAUGACAAAAUUAUCCUGAAGAAAUAACUUUAUUAUGUGUUAAAUUUUAUUAAAUACGUUUAACAUUUGGAUGCUAAAUGAUGAUGAUAAUGAAAAUUGCUAAAGAUUCUUUAAUAUGGUUCAAAUCUAUGAUAGACUUUUUUCUUUUAGUAAUACUCGGAGGGUCAUACUGCUGCUUGUUAUGAAUCAUAGAUUACAUUCAUGUCAGAUUGGUCAAUAUGUAUGUUUUAUGAUUUAACAGCAAAAACCUCUUCAAACUGAAAAUUUAAAAGAAAGGUUUCAAUAGAAAAAUUAUAUAUAUAUUUAUUUAUACAUAUAUAUGUGUGUUCGUUACUCUCACAGUUCAGCUACUGUUGAACUCAAUCUUUUAAUUUAUAGUUAUACAUAGGCUCUUUACGUGUCCAAUUAUAUACCUAGAACACUUACUUAAAACUUAGUUUACAACUCUUUUUAAGAUGAGAACUAAGGCAAUUUUGAUAUGAUUCAUGGUCUAUUCUUUAAAGAAAGAUUUCAUUUAUGAUAGUAUUUGUAAUGUUUCUGCUGGAAAUCAGAGGCACGUUCCAAGAGGAAAAUGUAUAUAGGAGUACUUUUAAAGAAUAUAUCACUUUGUAAAUUACAUAUCAUGAAACUAAGCUUUUGACAAGACACUUAAAACCUACAGGUGUAAAAUACAGGUUUAAAUGGUGUUCGUAAUGCUGAGUGCAUCAGCCAGCCCUUUUUUAUUAUUAAGUAGAAGAUUGUAUCUGUGCCCCUUUUUUCAUAGUGGAAGGUAUAUAGUUGAGUAUAAAAUGAUUUCCUUUUGCAUUAUCUGUAUUAAAAAAACAGGGUAGUUACAUUAAAGCUUACCAAAUUGAUGGUGAUUUAUCAGAUAAACAUUUUUGUGGUGCAGAUGGUUCUGUAUGCGGUGACAGGGUAUUCUACUCUUUCUAGUCAAUUAAAAUUGAUAAUGCAGCAUGAUUCAUAAACUGACCAGCUGUGCCUCCUUUUAUUUUGAGGACCCUGUAGUCACUAUAAUAAAUUUCUAAGCCAAAUUUUUCAAACAAAAUAGUUCUUAUAGAAGGAAAAAUAAUAUAUGUGUGUGUGUUCAUGCAUACACACAGAAUGACCUAUGAAAGGGAACUUAAAUUUUGCCGGUAAAACAAACAUAUCUCUACAGACUGUAAUUAUACUUUAUAAGCAUUUAAAUACAGUUAUAUUUAUUUCCUUGAAUAUAUUACUUGGGUAAUUAAUUUUAUAUUUGAUUGCAAAGAGCACUAUAUAGCAGCUGGGACCAGCUCUUGACUUGGCUUGACUUGGCUUAUUGAUGAGUUUAUUGGAUCAAGACUAACAAAUAGUUUGUUAUUAAAAUUCUACAAAAAUAUAGCUACUCUUUUCAAGUAUACCAUUUAAAACAUUUCAUCAGGCAGAGCCCUGACCAGGAAAAAAGAAAGAAAGAAAGAAAAAAAAUAAAAUGCUCCAAAAUGU